AGAUUCUUUCUGGGACAUCACUAUCAUCAAAAUCUUCUAUCAAGCCUAUUAUUGGCACAACUAAGACACCUAUACAGAAAACAAAAUCAAUAUCCAAAGUCACAUCAAUCAAAGAUGAUGAUGAUAUUGACGAUUUUUUAAAAUCACUCGAAGAUGAGGAUGUUAAACCGCUUCCUAGGUCAAAUAAUAUUAAGAAACAGUCAAUCCGGAAAGUAACUGAUAAAACGUCUAGAAAAAGUAAAUCAGAAAAUGAAAUGGAGGAGUGGUUGGACGACGUUUUGAAAUGA